AUGACUCAACUUAGAAUAGCAGCGAUAUCGUACACUGGCGGUAAAGAUUGUACACUGGCACUUCACCGUGUGAAAGAGCAAGGCGUCCAGGUUGCAGUACUCGUCACAUUCAGUCCUCCAUCUACAGAUUUGAAAUCAUUCAAAGCUCAUUCCAUGGAGAUCAUCAAGCAACAAGCCAAGGCACUCGGCUUACCUCAUACAGUGUGUAUCAUUGAUGGCCCAGACUACCUUGCUAGCUAUCAAAAACAGAUCAAAUCUCUCGCUAAAGACUACAACAUUGAUGCUUUGGUGACAGGAGACAUCUUGCCCGUUUGUAGUAAUUUCAUGGAACGUGCUGUGGAAGGCACAGGUGUCGAUUUAGUGAGACCUUUAUGGCAACAAAACCAACCUGGGCUGCUGAGAGAGAUGUGGGAUCGACAAUUUGAUGUGAUGGUCACUUGCAUUAAUCAACUCAAGGUGCGUGCUUCUGUCUUGGACAAGGUGAAGGAUGUCUAUGAUGUUGGAAAGCCAUUAUCGCAAAAAGGAUUAGACGCAGUUGCUGCAAACAAUGUAAAUAUCAGUCCAACUGGCGAGUUUGGUGAAUUGCACACAAUGGUGCUUGAUUGCCCUCUCUAUAGUAGUAAAAUUAUCAUUGAUAGCGAGAAAAUGGUAGAAAGCCCUUAUGUAUAUUUGAAAAUUAACUCUGUAGAGCUUGUUGCGAAAUAG